AUGAAUAACUGUACAGAACAUAAUAGACUUGAAAAUUUAAUUUGUUUCGAGUGUAAUAUAGUUGGUUGUGCCGAUUGUUUGAAUAAGUGGGAGCACAAAGGACAUGCUUAUCAAUCGGUAUCUGAGAUUCAAAAACUUGGAGGCAACAGUAAGAUCCACCAACGAGUUGAGCAACUGUGGAAAUCUAUAAAGUUGUCAACCUACUCAUUUGAAUCGCUCACCAGAAUCACCGAUGACAUAUCGAAUCAUUUCCGACAGUUGCACGACUACCUCAUCCUUGAAGAAAGCAAACUAAAGAUACCAAUCAAAAAGGAUCUGGAAAAGAUUGGUGUAGACAUAUCAACUCAAAUAAAUGAGAUGAAAUCAUUAAGAUCAAUCAUAAUGCAAAUCGAGAAAUUAAAUAAUCAAUGUUCUACAACAAACAAGAAAGAAAAAGAAGAUACAAAGUCAGAAGAAGAAGAAUUUCAAAAGGAUGGUGAUGGAAACAAGGAAGAAACAGCAGCAGAAGAAGAGGAAUCAAUGUAUAGUUAUCUUUCAAGACCAAGUAUUGAUACAUCAGAUAUGGAUACACUUGCCACAAUAAUCAAUCAGUGUGAUCAGAGUAGUGAAUUUUUCAAGAGUGACGUUUUUAAGAAACCACACAGUUACGGAAAUGGAUAUAUUUUAGGUGAAGAGAAUCCAAAGAUUGGAAAUGAUUAUUCGGCUAUCAACGGCAAUGGCGAUGAACAGUCGAUUUUAAAGUCAAUUCAGCAAUUUGGAGAUAAAUAUCAAUCGCUAAAGAAAGGAAAAUCUCAUAUCAAUAACAACAGUCUUUUGAAAUGUAAUUUCGCAAUAAGAAUAGACGCCAAACAAGUAGAGGAAAUUCAAUAUAAUAUAAAGAAAUCUAUAGAUCUCAAGAGUAUAUCUAUACUUACACUUGGUCAGAAUGAAUCUUCGUUGCUGUCACUCUCUGACUACAGUUUGAAGCAGGUGGAGACAUUGAGAGGUAUCCAUACAUCUCACUCUGUGGUUGCCGACAGCCGUCUCGAACAUAUUUAUGUUUUCGGUGGUUUCGAUAUCAAUGGCUACCAAAAGAUAUUAGCAAAGACUCUGAUGGUCAGUCAUACAGCCAAAAUGGAUGGUAUCGAUGGAGGUGAAGGAAUAUUGGCUUGCUACGAUGGUUUCGAUCAUAUCUAUUUGAUUGGUGGUCAUAACUAUAAAAAACAAAAACUCAAAGACCUCGAUAGAAUUGAUAGAUUCAAUAUUAAAUCACAGACCUUCGAGAGAUAUUCCACUAUGAAUGAAUUGAUAAAGCCAGUGUUUGUAGUUUACACAUUUGCCACUGCCAAUGGAUAUAUUUAUAUGUUAACGAUGUCGUAUGCAGGACCCUAUGGAAUGGUUGAUGGCUACGAGAUUUGGAGAUUCAAUCCCAUCAUUGGUGAGAAACAGCAGACACUUCACAUGUCCAUAAAGAUAGCAGAGGGAUUCUCAAAUGUUUAUAAUAUCUACCGAUUGCUGGCGCAACCAUUGGUAUGCUUUGAUCAACAACAAGAUACACUCUACGUUUUCAUUAAGAAACAUACCUUUAAGAUUGAUAUCAACAAGAAAACCUAUACAAAGCGAUACAAUGAUGAUACAAUGGAUCUUAGCACAGUCUAUUCACCUCGUAACAUUAAAACGGUUUUCCAUCGAUUCAGUUCGACACAAUCCAAUAUAUUCGUUUUGGGUGGUAAGACCUAUGGUAAUCACAUUUACUCAAUUGAAAAAGAUAAGUGGUCAUCCAUUGAAUCGAAAGAUCAUUGUCAAAGAGAAAUGUGUGGUGCAUUUAUCGAUAUGAGUGGAAAUAGUGAUCAAAGUUUUAGAAGAGGUGUUAUUCAAGAAGAAGAAGAUCUUUCACUUUUAAAGUUCCCAAAAGAUCUAAAGAAUGCAAAGUUUCUUUUAAAUUCAGAGGUUGCUAUUUUGCUUGAGUGUAGAAAGGAAUUCGCAACUGAAGGUACAGAGUUUCCUCAAACAUUUCAUAAAACUUUAGCAUAUGCAGAGAGAUUCAGUAGAUAUAAGAAUAAAGCAUCGAUUAAACAAGUUAGAGGUGUUUUGUCGAAACAAGAUUUAGACGAAUUUGAAGUUGCGUGUCUUGCCAAUCUAUGUCCUGAAAACUCUGAUGAAGCAAAGAGUUUAAUAGUUAGUCUAAAGAGAUUCCAAGACACUCAAGACGAUACAUUACAAGCUAUUCUAGAUGAACUAUCAAAUCUUAGAAAGUUUAAUUAA